UAUAGCCCAUCCUGCCUUAAGAGUUCUCGGAGCAUCCAAAAGCACUCUCGCUAGUUUCUGCCAAGGCCAUUUCUCCAGCAAGCCUCUCUUUAAUCUCUCUGUGCUUGUGCCUGCGUCUCUGUGGGAAAAGGGAGGCUUGUUUUACCUGUUCGAAAAUGGCCAUGACUAAGCUUGCCUGUGUUCUGCUCCUGGCUCUGGUCGGAAUUUCCAUGGUGGCGACCCAGGUUAUGGCAAAGGAAGCCCAGUUCCACCUUGACAAUGCAUACGGACCUGGAAGUCUCAAGAGCUAUCAGUGCUCGGGCCAAUGCUCGAGGCGAUGCAAGCAGACGCAGUACAAGAAGCCAUGCCUGUUCUUCUGCAACAAGUGCUGCGCCAAGUGCCUCUGCGUCCCACCGGGCUUCUACGGCAACAAGCAAGUGUGCCCUUGCUAUAACAACUGGAAGACCAAGCGUGGCACUCCCAAGUGCCCUUGAACCACUCGCGCUCAAGCCCAGUUCAUCCCCAUACCAUCCACCACUACUAGUAUUUACCAAGUACCAAUAGAUUAGUCCAUAAAGGUCACGACUUUAAUGACCAUUCUGUUUGUUAUUCAAAGACUAAGCGAGUGUUUUUGAGUCCCUCAAUCCAUGGCUCUGGCUCCGUUGGGGUUUUGACUCUCUCCCCCCAAGUGAGAGCCGUCUAUGAUUAAUUACUGCUGUAAUGUUGACCCAUUUAAUGUAGUGGUCAAAAGGGUCCUUCCUC